AGAAAAAUAAAGUGGGAAGGUGUGCUGGAACAGCUCACUUUACAGUUGCCCUUAAUAACAACAUUGACACUGCUCGUCUGUGGACGAUGGUGGAAACCUUCAACACAUUGCCAGGACAGAGAUACCUCCAACUACACAUAACCUACUGAAGAAACAUUAAGAUCUUGCCAUAGUUUUUUUUUUUUUAAAUGAAUUAUGUCUGCUAAUGACCCAUCAAACCAAGUUAUUUUAGCCACCGCCAGCUAUGACCACACCAUUAAGUUAUGGCAGGCCCACAGCGGGAUCUGUCAGCGAACGUUCAAGCAUCCAGAAUCUCAAGUAAAUGCCAUGGAGAUAACCCCUGAUCGCCAUUUGUUAGCAGCAGCUGGCUACCAACACAUACGCAUGUAUGACUUGAAAACAUUAAAUGAAGACCCCGUUAUCAACUAUGAAGGUGUGAGUAAGAAUGUCACAGCACUAGGAUUUCAGGAAGAUGGGAAGUGGAUGUUCACGGGAGGUGAAGAUUGUACUGCAAAAAUCUGGGAUUUAAGAUCAUAUAACCUGCACGUGUCAAGAAUUUUUCAAGUAAGUCACCCAGUCAACUGUGCCUGCCUUCACCCCAACCAGGCAGAGCUGUUUGUUGGAGACCAGUCAGGAGUAAUCCAUAUAUGGGAUGUGAAAACAGAGCAUAAUGAACAGUUGAUACCAGAACCUGAUAGCAGUAUUCAGAGCAUUGCAAUAGACCCUGAAGGAACAUACAUGGCUGCUGUUAAUAACAAGGGAAAGGUGUAUGUGUGGCGACUCUCUGGGGGUACUGGGGAUACUCCUAUCUUCCUGACACCAACUCGAUCACUUCAUGCUCAUAACAACUAUGCUCUCAAAGUCAAGUUCAGCCCUGAUUCCACUAUGAUGGUCACAACUUCAGCAGAUCACACUGCUCGUAUAUGGAAAACUGCAGAUUUUUCACAGAUGACAGAGCUGAGUGAUAGUAGUCAAAGAUGGGUGUGGGAUGUUGCUUUUUCUGCUGAUUCACAGCAUGUUAUAACAGGCUCAUCUGAUAACACUGCAAGAUUAUGGUCCGUAGAAACUGGAGAAAUUAAGCGUGAAUACUCUGGCCACCAAAAAACCAUUUCUGCAAUAGCAUUUAAGGAUGUAUUGUAUCAAUGUUAGGGAUGAAGUUAGAUAUACAUAUAAGGUGUAUAAAGUUAAGUCUUGUUAACAGAGAUGUAAUAGAAUAUUAGUGAUGGUUUAUACCUUUUUUUUGACAUUCAGUAUCAUAAUACAUUUUGUAAUAAAAUUCUUUGCAAGCAUAUUUUUUAACUUAUUUAUAUUGUUUGUUUUUUAACACUCCAGGCAUCUCUCACCAAGGUAGGGUGACCCAACAAAGAGGAAAAUAUUUUCAGUGUCACUCAUUGAGUCACUGUCUUGUCAGACGCACACUGACAUUACAGUUCAGAUGACACAAAACUGCAACAUUCCCCACCACUGCUUCUGAAUACUGACAUUGUACUUCCUACCUCUAGGACUCAAGUUCGGCUAACUGGCUUCCGUGAAUCCCUUCAUAAAUGUUACCUUGCUCACACUCCAACAGCACAUUAAAUCAUAAAAACCAUUUACUUUCACUCCAAACAUGCUCUCACAAUCCUUUCUGAUGUCUGACACCCCUAGCACUCAAAACCUCCUUUACCCUCUCUCUCCAGUCUUUAUUAGGACAACUGCUUACCCUUCCUUACCUUGACCCCAGAUUGAUAUGCCCUCCUUAUCUUAAUUUUUAUUCACCCUUUCCAAAUGUUUAAACCACCUCAACAACCCUUCCUCAGUCUUUUGAAUAAUGCGUUUGGUAAAUCCAUGCUUCCUAAUCUCCAAUCUCUGCAUAGUGUUCACACCACACAUUGCCCUCAGACACAACAUCUCGACUGCCUCCAGUCUCCUCCUUGCUGGAACAUUCAAAGCCUAUGCUUCAAACCCUUACAACAGUGUUAGUACCACCAUACUUUGAUACAUACCCAUUUUUGUCUCCAUGAAUAAAGUUUUUUGUCUACACAAUGCCUCAAUGCACCAUAAACCUUUUUUCCUUUCAUCAGUUCUAUGGUUCACCCCUUCUCUGAUGGAAUCAUCUACCAACAAGUCCAUUUCCAAGUUGUUCACUUAUGUACUUCAUUGUAAACACUUGGUCUGCAUAUCACCUACCCUUCCCUAAACCUUCUUGUUCCUCUACAAUCCUACCCUUUUUCUUGUGUAUAAUUGCCUCAUUAAAUAACUACCAUACACUUCCUGGUAUACUCAAGAGGCUUCUUUCCCUAUAAUUCUUACAGGUUCCCUUAUAUCCACUUCCCUCAUAUGAAGGAACUAUGCAUGUUCUCUGCCCAUCCCUAGGUACCUUUUUUUUUUCCCCCCUUCAUGCACAUAUUGAUCAAAUGAAUUGGCCUCUUCAAAACUAGUAUAUCCCCAUCUGCCUUUAACAUCUUUGUCUGAAUCCCAUCUAUUGCUGCUGCUUUACCCCCUUUCAUGUAUGUACUGUAAUAUAUCAUAACACCCCUUGGGAAAGUUGGGUAAUGGUAGGCAACUAAAAUAUGUGAAAUAAUGGGUUGAUUACUGCUUCCCUCUACAAUUAAUAACCCCAAAACAAAAAAUAUAUUUUCUUUUGGAGUCGCCUUUUUGUUUGAAAAUGGCCUAGGUUGUAAAACAUCUAAUUAAAUUUUGCCUUCAG